GUGCCGGUGCCCAAGAUGGCGGCGCUGGGCCCGUGGCUGUGGGUGACGGGCGCGGCGGCUGCGGCGGCUCUGCUGCUGCUGCUGCCGCUGCUGUGGCGGCGGCGGGCGGGCGGCGCGGGCCGGGUGUGCGUGGUGGUGCUGGGGGACGUGGGCCGCAGCCCGCGGAUGCAGUACCACGCGCUGGCACUGGCCCGGCACGGGCGCGAGGUCUCGCUGCUGGGCUACCUCCAGAGCCGGCCGCACCGGGACGUGCUGCAGAGCGCCCACAUCCGCCUGGUGCCCGUGGCCGAGCUGCGCGGGCUGCGAGUGGGUCCAAAGCUUUUCCAGUAUGUCGUAAAGGUCCUUGUGCAGUCAGUGCAGUUACUGUAUACGCUGCUGAGGAUAGAUCAGCCCUCCUAUAUUCUUCUUCAGAAUCCCCCAGGCUUACCCAGUAUAGCUGUUGCCUGGGUGGCAGGUCUGUUCUGGAGGAGCAAACUGAUCAUUGAUUGGCACAACUAUGGAUACACCAUAAUGAGCCUGAGUCAUGGGAGGAACCACCCCCUGGUGCAGAUUGCAAAAUGGUAUGAAAAGGUUUUUGGGCGCUUGUCUGACUAUAACUUGUGUGUCACUGAUGCAAUGAAAGAAGAUCUCUGGAUGAAUUGCAACAUAAAGGCAGUAACUCUGUAUGACAGACCAGCUUCUUACUUCAAGGAAACACCGUUAGACCUGCGGCACCGUCUGUACGUGAAGCUUGCCCAGGAGCACGAGCCCUUCCGAGCACGUGCAGAGCCUGUGGAUCCCAGUGCUGAGAGAUCUGCCUUCACAGAGAGGGCUGCCAGGGAUGGACGUGUGGUGGAGUCCAGGGGCCGGCCAGCUCUUCUCAUCAGCAGCACCAGCUGGACAGAGGAUGAAGACUUCUCUGUCCUUUUAAAAGCUUUAGAAGACUAUGAGAGGUUUAUUGAUGAGGGAGCCAAGCUUCCAGCUCUGGUGUGUGUGAUAACAGGUAAAGGACCUCUAAAAGACUACUACAAUGGACUGAUACAGAAACUGCACUUUAAACAUAUCCAGAUCUGUACACCGUGGCUGGAAGCUGAGGAUUACCCUCUUUUGCUUGGCUCAGCAGACCUGGGGGUGUGUCUCCAUAAAUCCUCCAGUGGUUUGGAUUUGCCCAUGAAGGUGGUGGAUAUGUUUGGCUGCUGUUUACCUGUGUGUGCAAUAUAUUUUGAAUGUUUACAUGAACUUGUGAAACACAAUGAAAAUGGUCUGAUAUUCAGGGACUCGAGUGAACUCGCAGAACAACUGAAGAUGCUUUUCUUGGAAUUUCCGACCCUGGAAGGCAAACUGCACAGCUUCAGACAGAACCUCAGGGCGUCCAAGGAGCUGUGCUGGGACGAGAGCUGGGACCAGACUGUGCUGCCCUUGCUGGGGCACAGGGAAUGACUGUGGGGAAGGAGGGUGGCAAAGCUGAUCCAUUCCUGGACUGCAGAGAUUUGAUAAACAGCAAAUAAACACUUUGUAUUGUCUACA